AUGCGUCUUGAGGAGGGGCUACGGAAGCGUGAGGAGCACGACGACGGCAAGGAUCGUCGUCACUCAGCCGUGCGUCGAGGUAAAAGUGAAUGGAUAUCAGUACUCCAUGGUACGAGUACCAAGUACGAUCAGUGGGUGAAGCUGAUUGCAGUGGGAUCGUUGAGUCUCUGGUUGAUCUUUGCGCUCAUUUAUUGGCACACAUCUGUUGCUCCUCUAAAGUCAACAGGAGCGAAAGUAAGCAAUUACAAUGCACAUCCAUUGAGUAUUGAUCCAUUUCCACAAGAGACCAACUUUAUUGCGUUUGGAGACUUUGGGACGGGUGAUGAGAGUCAACGUAAAGUAGCGAUGGCGCUCGAGAACUUUACGUCUACGAUGGAUCCACCCCCGGCCUUUGUACUGUCAACAGGAGAUCAGAUUUAUGACCAUGGAAUCCAGUCCGUUGAUGACCCCCUCCUAUUGACAAACUUUGAGCAUAUGUACAAACACAAUAAGCUGCAAGUGCCGUGGUAUGUAACAAUAGGAAACCAUGACUGUGAAGGAUCAGUCGAUGCAAUGCUUCAGUACGCUGAAAAACAAGAGUCGUUGUGGUAUUUGCCGCGGCGAUAUUACUCAAUCGAUCGUCCUGUGGCACCGAAGACGAUCCUGAGACUCGUUGUGAUCGAUGCUUGUGACUUGGUCUGCGGCCGUGAACCUCGGGACUUUCGCUGCACUGAACACAUGAUCGAGCAAUCGUCAGCGAAGACAAGACAGUCGCAGUACGAUUGGAUUGAAGAAACGCUGAGUGCUGACAAGCCAGCCGGCGUGGAGCAAAUGUGGACGAUCGUAAUGGGUCAUUGGGGCGUGUAUAGCUUUGCAGGUAAUGCUGAUACGCCCGAGUUGAUUAAUGCGUUAGAUCCGCUUUUGAAAACGUAUAAGGUACACGCAUAUUUUAACGGCCACGAUCACUCCAUGCAGCAUGUUCGCAAGGUGGACACUGACGGUUCUGUCAGGAAUUAUUUUACGUCCGGUGCUGGCGGAUAUCGAAUCCACGAUCUCCAGCCGAGCGCUCGCGCGAAUCCAGACCUGGUGCACGCGGCUUUGGUGCAUGGUUUUAUGUUCAUACACAUGACAAGGACGUUUUUCCGCGUCCACUUUGUUGACGAGACUGGCAAAAUCCUCUACACCACCGAGGUGAGAAACCAUUUGUCGAGCACCCUUCAGCUCAAAACCCCGCAAAAUGUUGAUACUACAUUGAGAUAG